AUGUCUCAGCGAUUGUUUAACUUCCCAGGAAAUGACGAUGAGUAUAUCAGAUUUCUCGAGUCUCAGCUGAUCAAUGUGCAGCCCAUUGUACAGCCAUUGUUCGGCGUUCCAGGCCCAAUUAGUGCUCUGGCAUUUGAGCUCCCCCAGAAUGCAGGGGCCUCUACGAAUAGUUUUCGUUUUGUCGAAUGCAUGCCUCAGCUUGCUGGCCCCGCACGACGUCUAGAGCCAGACAGAGGAAGUAUUAAAUGGAAGAAACAACUUGACAAGUUUGUUCACGCCAUUCCCAUUUCGGAAGCCCAAUGGAACGAAGCCAGAAAGAAAGCAGGCAUCGAUACUGUUUUCCGGAACCAAGAGGCUCUGAAAAUGAUUCUGGGCUAUUCUGGACCUAUUUUCUUUCAUGAGUACCAGGACGAUAUUGUCAUACCUUCCUCGCUACCAACAAAAUAUGGGCAUCUUAUCACGCGGGGUUCUGAAUAUGGUAGCUUCAUUGCUCGCUGCGCGGACGAUCGAAACUUCGCGAGUUCCGAAGGCGAUGACAAAUAA